GGAAAAGAAAAAAGAUCCCAAAUUCCGCGAGAACUGUAAUGAAUUGAUGAAAAGCGUUACUUUCAAAGUUUUGAUGGCUACGAAGAAAAAUGCGUUUAUUUCAAUGUUUCUGACGAUGGCCCCUUCCCCUCCCCCCUCAACAACCACCCUCUUCUCCGCUAAACCGAUGAUGCCUUCCUCCGCCUCUUCUUUCUUCCUCCACCCUUCCACCGCCGCCCCUGCUGUCCCAUUUCGCAGCCUUGCUUUCUCCACCAAAGCCACGCCGCCACAGCACCAGAGCGUCACCCCUUCCCCACCACAGGAGAAAAAGUCUUUGGCUGUUGCCACCGGGGAGAUCUUCCUCGGGAUUGCGUCGCGAAUUUUGAACAAGGGAGGGAGUAGUGUGAGUGGAGGAGACGGGAGUGAGAUGAUGUUUGCGGAAGAGGAGGAGGGGGGGGAGUGGUUGUGGAGGCGUCGGAGGAAGGAGAGGAUUGUAGCAGUGGUGGAAGACCCGGUUCAGCCGGAGGUGGUGUGGGAACAGAGGGUGAAAGAUGUGGAGGCAGAGCGGCGGCGCAAGGCUGUCACUAGUCCCGGGUUUAGCUUCUCCGCUGCUGGGCUUUUGUUUCCUUACCAUCUUGGGGUGGCUCAGCUUCUCAUUCAGAAGGGUUAUAUCAAGGAAACAACACCUCUUGCUGGUUCCUCUGCUGGUGCCAUUGUCUGUGCGGUGAUUGCCUCUGGAGCCAGCAUGCAGGAAGCACUUGAAGCUACCAAGAUAUUGGCUGAAGAUUGCAGGACUCGAGGGACUGCAUUCCGCCUUGGGGCUGUUCUUAGAGAUAUCUUGCACAAGUUUCUUCCAGAUGAUGCCCAUAUCAGAUCCAGUGGAAGAGUUCGUGUUGCUGUGACGCAGAUUCUUUGGAGGCCAAAAGGUUUACUGGUUGACCAAUUUGAUUCUAAAGAAGAUCUGAUUGAUGCAGUUUUCACUUCCUCUUUCAUUCCAGGAUAUCUUGCUCCAAGGCCAGCAACAAUGUUUCGAAACCGUCUAUGUAUUGAUGGAGGUUUAACAUUGUUCAUGCCACCAACUUCGGCUGCUCAAACGGUACGUGUUUGUGCUUUUCCUGCCGGUCGUUUGGGCUUGCAGGGAAUUGGCAUCAGCCCCGAUCUCAACCCAGAAAACCGGGCUACUCCCCGAGAGCUUUUUAAUUGGGCACUUGAGCCAGCAGCAGACGAUAUUCUCGAUAAGCUGUUUGAACUUGGAUAUCUAGAUGCAGCUGUCUGGGCUGAGGACAACCCAGUCGAGAAAAUAGUUAGAGACAACACGUCUUACAUUGAAAACAGCCCCACACAAUAGCAAUCAAGAAAGAUCAGAAAAGUCGUGGUCAAUGUUGCAUGGAAUUUUCUUGCAACAUUUUGUACAGAACUGCUGUGGGAUACCAAUGAAAGGGAGGAAACUGUGAAUACAGGGAACAAGGGAAAUCGACUAGUCCCUGACUCCUGUGAAUAUUUAUUUCAACAUUUCUACUUUUUGUUUGUUUAAUGUUUCUGAAGAAUACAAGAACUAGGCAUUGUGUAUUCGAGUUUGUUAGCCUUGUAUCUAUCUAGGUUGCUGUUUAUAAGGUGAACUUAGAGAUGUGCUGGCUGUCCUUCAAACCAUAUUGAAGAUGUUCAGACUCCAGAUCACGAUAUCAAAUACCAUUUCUUUCUCUUCUCUUCCUUUA